AUGCCGCCCCCGCUACCACGAGCGCUCUUCCGGGCCCCGGGCCCCGCGACACAAACCUGCCUAAAGUCAAUCAUCCACCCAAGAACAUUCCCUCAUCCCAGACUAUCCCCAGCAGCAGCAUCAUCAACACCCUCACCAACCGCCCGCAAUGCAACCCGCAAAUUCCACACCACUCGCCGCCACCGCGCCUCCGAACCAGCCCCAGACUUCGUCUCCAUAGUCGACAACCCCCCCGAGCUCGUCCGCGCAGGCCGCCGCCACGGACCAGGCCUCAUCAUCCUCGCCCUGAUCCCCAUCACAGCCUUCGUCCUCGGCACCUGGCAAGUCAAGCGCCUCGGCUGGAAAACAGACCUCAUCGCCAAAUUCGAAGACCGCCUCGUCCGCGACCCCCUCCCCCUCCCGCCCAAAAUCGACCCGGACGCCGUCGCCGACUUUGACUACCGCCGCGUCUACGCCACGGGCCACUUCCGCCACGACAAAGAGAUGCUCAUCGGCCCGCGCAUGUGGGAGGGCGAGCAGGGGUACAUGGUCGUGACGCCGCUCGAAAGGGAGGGCGAGGGCACGACGGUGCUGGUGAACCGCGGGUGGAUCAGCAAGGACAUGGCGGACCAGCGGAGGCGGCCCCACGCGCUGCCACGGGGGGAGGUCACGGUCGAGGGACUGCUGCGGGAGCCGUGGAAGAAGAACAUGUUCACGCCCGACAACAGGCCGGACCGCUGGGAGUUUUUCUUCCCCGACGUGCACCAGAUGGCGCAGCUGACGGGGAGUCAGCCCGUUUGGAUUGAGGCUACUAUAGAGCACGAGUUCUUCCGCAUCGUGGACCUCAAGUCCAAGGGCAUCCCUAUUGGAAGAGCCGCAGAGGUGAAUCUGCGGAAUAACCAUGCCCAGUAUAUCUUCACAUGGUAUGGUCUCGCAUUCGCCACUUCAAUCAUGUUGUGGAUGGUCGUCAAAAAGCCCCCAUCCGACAUCUCGCGAAAGGUGCGCAUGAAUAAGCAUUGGUAA